AUGAUGUUUACAAGUUGUGUGAAAGCCAACAUAUUGGAUAGUUCUAAAAGAUAUGUCGGAUAUAAAUCUCCAUUGCUUUCAGCACGAAGAGGGAUUCAAUUAACUAAGGCUUGUAAUUAUUAUAAGAGUCCUGCGCUAUUGAUGUCUCAUUCCAUCUCUCUCCCUACACAUGGUAGUGUCCCUAAUUCCAAAUCAACUAUUAAGAAUGGGAACAUCCCCAUUAAUAAUAGCUAUUUCAAUCAAUCAGAUAAAAGUGAUAGAAAGAUUGAUGACGGGUUAGAAGGAAAUGAUUUAAUAAAGACAUUAUCUGAACAGUUGAUACUAGAGACCACGAUGAAUUUGCAUAAACCUACCCGUGCAGAGAAUCAGGUAGAUACGUUGUCUAUAUAUCGGGAUCUAUUGACCUGUUUUACUCCUAGGCAGAGUAAAGCUAUUAUGUCUACAAUUUUGUAUUUUUUAAAUGAACAAUUUUACAUGCAUUAUAAUGAUAAAUUUCUAAGAGAUUUCGAGAUUGAUAAGCAGGACCAUUUAUUUAACUCAUUGAAAAGUGAAAUUCAAUAUAUCAUCACUAACAAUCGUGACACUGAAUUGAAUAAACAUCAUUUAUUGUUGACAAGGCUGAAAAGAGAUUUGGAUUCCAUUGUGGAUGAAAUCAAUGAAUUGAUUAUUGAUCAAUACGAAAAAAACUGUAAAUUGGAUUUCCAUGAACACAAAAAUGAAAAUACCUUGUUGUAUAAGAGGAUCAAUCUAAAUUUGAACGAUUGUUCUAAUAAAAUCACUAUUCAGAUUACAUCAGGCAUUAAGUCAGAGAUUGAGACACUUAGAUGGCAGACGACAAGAAGCGGGUUGCUUGCCGUAGUCAUCAUGGCGUCAUCGUUUAUGAUCGUUGUGAACAUUUCUAAUAAAAAAUCUAGAAAUUCUACAACAGAUAUUUUAAUAGAAAAUAAUUCUAAUAAGAAUGAAGAUGAAGUAAAUGAUAAUGAGAUUAUAGAUAUUGAGGUUAUAUAA